CAAACUUUUACCUGCGAAGCACUUGCACAAAUGGUCCCCUCUUCACAACAGAAGAAAUAUUUUAAGAGUUUCACGAACAAAAGUCAUAAGUUGCAGUAUUUUCUCGUACUUUCCCGAGUUGAAAGAGCAGAAUGACUACAUCAGACUCCAAGGUGGCUGAAGGGGGACUCAGUGUCACUCUUACUAUUCGCCUACUCAUGCAUGGAAAGGAAGUUGGAAGCAUCAUUGGAAAGAAAGGAGAGACAGUGAAAAAGAUGAGGGAGGAGACUAGUGCAAGAAUCAACAUUUCAGAGGGAUCUUGUCCAGAACGCAUUGUAACAAUAACAGGCCCAACAGAUACCAUUUUUAAGGCCUUUUCGAUGAUAGCAAACAAAUUUGAAGAGGAUGUAAAUGCUUCAAUGACAAGUAGUCCAGUGGCAAGCAAACCGCCUGUGACAUUACGCCUGGUUGUUCCAGCAAGCCAAUGUGGCUCUCUCAUAGGCAAAGGUGGUUCAAAGAUCAAAGAAAUACGUGAGACCACAGGUGCCCAGGUGCAGGUAGCAGGUGAUAUGCUUCCAAACUCCACAGAGCGGACAGUUACUAUUUCUGGCACACCAGAUGCGAUCGUUCAAUGUGUGAAACAGAUCUGUGUGGUGAUGCUUGAGUCCCCACCCAAAGGUGCCACCAUUCCCUAUCGCCCAAAGCCUGCCUCUGCACCCGUCAUAUUUGCAGGUGGCCAGGCAUACACAGUUCAGGGACAGUAUGCAAUUCCUCAUCCAGACUUGACCAAGCUUCACCAGUUGGCUAUGCAGCAUACCCCUUUUACUCCCCUUGGGCAGACCACCCCUGGUUUCCCUGGACUGGAUGCUACAGCUCAGAGCAGUUCCCAGGAGCUGACUGUUCCAAAUGAUUUAAUAGGAUGUAUUAUUGGCAGACAAGGGAGCAAAAUAAAUGAAAUUAGACAGAUGUCAGGAGCACAAAUCAAAAUUGCAAAUGCAACAGAAGGUUCCACAGAGCGACAGAUCACCAUCACAGGAUCUCCUGCCAAUAUUAGCCUGGCACAGUACCUUAUAAAUGCAAGCUUAGAGAUGGCUAAAGUCAGCACCCAGACUGCUUCCGUCAUCAACCCUGUUGACCUGAACAUGAACCUCUCUCAGUCUGCUCCCCCUUCCUCCACCCCCACCUCUGUGGCUGUUUUAGCAGCGACAGCAGCUGCUUCUGUGGUAAAUGUGAACAUCCCUUCCCCUUUACCAACACCCAACUAUGCUGUACCUGUCUCCAAUCUGCUUGGCAUGAGAACUGUUCCACUCUUGGCACUUAAUGCCGCUGCUGCUGCAGGGACCACAGAUGUAUCUGCUUAUUCUCCCAAAGUUCCAUCGGCGAGCGGUGUUAAGAAAUGUGGUCGGCAGAAGUUUGCUCCAUAUUGAAGGAAUG